AUGCGGUGGUCAGGGCCACUGGUCUCAGGAGUGCAGGAACCGGCCAAUCAACUUUUGCUGGACCUGCGGGAGAAUCGGGCCAAGGACUUCGGAAUGCUGCCACAGAUCGGGAAACGCCAUGCGACCCCAGCCUCAGAAGGGCAACCAGGGUUCGCAAGAUGCUGCACCUCAAAAUUAAUGGGCAAUCUGAAGGCGGAAGAAAGGCAACUGUCCGCCACAGUGCUCAUAGACGGAGUAGAGAUAGAGGCCACUGUGCACACUGGAGCCACAGCCAGCUUUAUUAGCGAGGAGCUGGCGGACAGGUUGCAGGCGGCAGGAGAAGUCUUACCUACGAGAAGAGAAGUUAGAAUGGCAGAUGGACGGUACGAAGAUGUCACACCGAUGGUCGAAGUCGACAUAGGACUCGGCGAGAGGACCGUUCGGAUGCAACUGCUGAUCCUACACAACAUAAUCGACGCACUGGUAUUGGGUUGGAAUUUCCUAACAAGAGUGGGAGCACGGGUGGAGUGCGCCGGACUGACCUAA